AUGUCUCCCACUCAAUUCCGCCUGAUAUUCAACGUCCCCCCCACCAGCCUUGCAGCCUGCAAAGCUGCCAUAUUUGCUGCCGGGGCUGGUCGCUACCCCGGCGGGAAGUAUACCGAGUGUUGCUGGACCACUGCUGGAACGGGCCAGUUCCGACCUGGUGACGCUGCCAACCCGCAUAUUGGAACUGUGGGCGCGUUGGAGGAGACCCCAGAGGUCAGGGUUGAGACGAUUUGUGUGGGAGAGGAUGUUGCACGGCAGGCUGUAGAGGCGUUGAAGAGGGCUCAUCCGUAUGAGCAGCCGUCAUAUAGUGUUUUCCGAAUGGAGGAGUUUUGA